AUGGCGGAGGUGUCGCUUUCUGGCGGAAAAGGUAGAGCCUCCACUAGCAAAACCACCGGAGAUGGUGUUGAUAGUGCCGCGUACGGGAGGGUCGGCAGGGGUAACGUCGGUGUGAGCCGGUUGGGGGUCAUGGGUCGUGAACCAUUCGAGGGUAGGGCCUUUGAGGGUCGUAGGAAAGGCUUUGCAAAAGACUGCAUCAUGGGAAGUGUAAAGGGUAACGUGGGUGAUGUAGAUUUUGAGAUGUUCGUGGGGGUCUGUUUCACUAGUGUAACGCUCCAGUGUGAAGGGUUCCUACUGGGUGGGGAGGGGGGUGUUGGCGAUGAAGUUGGUGAAAGGGUGACAACGUCUAGUGGUGGUGGUGGAUGUGUUGGAUGUGGUGUUGAUGGUGGUGUUGGUGGUGGUUGUGAUGGCGAUGAUGUUGGUUAUGAUGGUGAUUUUGGUUAUGGUGGUGAUGGUGGUGGUAGUGGUGGAUGUGGUGGAUGUGGUGGUGGUGAUUUGGUUAUGGUGGGGAUGUUGGUUAUGGUAGUGGUGGAGGUGGGGGUGGUGAUAUGGUUGUGA